AUGGUCUGGACUAGUCCAAGAACAUGGAAAGCAGAUGAGCGCGAGAAGUUUAAAGGUCUUUCCCCAGAACACUUUAUACAUUCACUUUACUCCUCAUCUCGCCUUCUCUAUCAAUCAACUUAUCAGAACACAUUCCCCAAUCUUUACCAUCAAACUCAAAUCCUCUACAAGGAAAAUUUUGAGCACCUCCCACCCACCCAAUUUUUACAUUCAAUACUAAGUUUGGACAGCUUCUUUGCUCCAAACCUAUCUCCUACAGUGACCCCGCCUUUCCAAGAACAUGGAAAGCAGAUGAGCGCGAGAAGUUUAAAGGUCUUUCCCCAGAACACUUUAUACAUUCACUUUAUCCCUCAUCUCGCCUUCUCUAUCAAUCAACUUAUCAGAACACAUUCCCCCAAUCUUUACCAUCAAACUCAAAUCCUCUACAAGGAAAUUUUUGAGCACCUCCCACCCACCCAAUUUUUACAUUCAAUACUAAGUUUGGACAGCUUCUUUGCUCCAAACCUAUCUCCUACAGUGACCCCGCCUUUAAAAUUACCUCCAUAA